AUGGCUGGCAAUUCUGACCUUUUGGCGCCUGCCACAGCGACGCAGUAUGAGAAGAGGCAUAAGGUGACUGUGGUGGGGUCUGGUAACUGGGGUUCUACCAUUUCCAAGAUCGUCGCCGAGAACACAAAGGCGCAUCCCCACCUCUUCGAGCUCGAGGUCCAGAUGUGGGUACACGAAGAAGAGGUGGUUAUCGGCAAGGACUCUCCCCAUUACGACCCGGCCAUUGGCGACAAGCCCCAGAAGCUCUCCGCCCUCAUCAACAAGUACCACGAGAACGUAAAGUACCUCCCCAACAUCCGCCUCCCCGACAACCUCGUCGCGAACCCUUCCCUCGCCGACGCCGCCGCCGGAUCCAGCAUUCUCGUCUUCAACCUUCCCCAUCAGUUCAUCAGCAAUGCCUGCAACACUCUCCGAGGCAAAAUCCUACCCUUCGCCCGCGGCAUCAGCUGUAUCAAGGGUGUGAACGUGUCGGAUGAUGGCAUUGCGCUGUUCUCCGAGUGGAUUGGAGAGGGUCUGGGUAUCUACUGCGGUGCGCUUAGUGGUGCGAACAUUGCCAGCGAGAUUGCCGCCGAGAAGUGGUGCGGGACUACCAUUGCCUACGAUCCCCCUCCCAUGGACCAGUCCCGCGCCCCGUCCAAGGCCCCCACCCCGAGAUCGGGUUCGCCGGCGUCGAACGGUAUCCACGAAAAUGGGACUCUCAACGGCGUCGUCUGGGAGCACAGGGACGCCAGAGGUCGCAAGUCCAAGGUGACGCUGACACCUGUGCCUCCCGAGUAUCCUCCUCUCGACCACGAGACCUUUAAGCACCUCUUCCACCGGCCCUACUUCCACGUGCGCAUGGUAUCCGACGUUGCUGGCGUCUCCCUCGGCGGUGCGCUGAAGAACAUCGUCGCUCUCGCCGCCGGCUUCGUUGUCGGUCGCGGCUGGGGAGACAACGCCAAGUCCGAGAUUAUCCGAAUUGGUCUUCUCGAGAUGAUCAAGUUUGGCAAGCAGUUCUUCGGCGCCACUCUUGUCGCGGAGACGUUUACCGAGGAGAGUGCCGGUGUGGCCGAUCUUGUUACCAGUUGCAGCAGUGGACGAAACUACCGAUGCGCCAAGCUUGCCGUCGAGAGGGGUGUUCCCGUUCAAGAGAUUGAGCGGACGGAACUCAACGGUCAGCUUCUUCAGGGAACGAGUACCGCUCAUGAGGUGAACAGCUUCCUUAAGGCUAAGGGCCUGGAGAAGGAGUAUCCCCUCUUCACGACUGUUAAUGGAAUUCUCGAGGGCCGCUUUACGGUGGACGAUAUCCCCAACCUCGUCUCCCCUUAA